AUGACUGUCCCUUCGGAGCCCCGAAUUUCCGCCUCUUCAAAGGAUGCGAAACCUAACACUGGCUUCGAGGCCGUUCACGAUGGGAAAGUCCUCGAGCAGAAUGGAGUUGAUGAUUAUCGCGGAGACUACUCGGGUGCUGCAACCAAGACUGACCCUGCUGAGAUUGCCUUGGUCCGCAAGCUCGACAGGAUGAUAAUGCCUAUUCUCUGGGCCAUGUACUUCCUCAACUACCUCGAUCGAAAUGCUCUACCCCAAGCACGCCUGAAUAGCCUCGAAAAAGACCUGAACCUCAAAGGUGUUCAAUACAACACCGCCAUCUCGAUUCUAUUUGUUGGUUAUCUCUUGAUGCAAAUUCCCUCAAACAUGUUCAUGACACGAACCCGACCGUCCAUCUACCUAUCCUGCUGCAUGAUUUGUUGGGCCGCCGUGUCAGCUUGUACCGCAACUGUCACGAAUUACUCUGGCCUGAUUGCUUGUCGGUUCUUCUUGGGUUUUGUUGAGGCUCCAUUCUAUCCGGGCGCCCUCUAUUUGCUAUCGAUCUACUACACUCGGAAAGAACUCGCUACACGCAUUUCGCUGCUCUACACUGGCCAAGUCGUAAGCACCGGCUGUUCAGGGCUUAUCGCGGCAGCAACAUUCUCUACACUUGACCAAGUCAAAGGAAUUGCUGGUUGGCAGUGGCUAUUCAUCAUUGAAGGCUCAGUGACCGCUCUUAUCGCCGUCUUCGGCUUCUUUCUACUCCCCGAUGACCCUUCUGAGACUCGAUGGCUCACCCCUGAAGAGCGCGAACUUUGUAUCAAGCGAAUCAGUCGAGAUACUGUCGGCCAGCAGGUUCGAGGCACAACUUGGGAAGGUCUCAAGCAAGCUUGCAAGGAUCCUCGAACCUGGCUUUUCUGUCUUAUGCAGAACCUCCAUAUCAGUGCAUGCUCCUUCAAUAAUUUCUUCCCGACCAUCGUCCGUGCCAUGGGAUUCAAGUCUACUACGGCGUUGCUUCUCACCGCGCCCCCAUAUUUUGUUUCUGGCAUUCUUGGUAUCCCAUUCGCAUGGUCGUCUGGCCACUUCAACGAGCGGACCUGGCAUAUCACUGCAGGCCUCUCUCUGGCUGUCAUCGGAUUUGUGAUGUCAUGCGCGACUGUCAACGUAGCAGUGCGAUAUACAGCAACUUUCCUUUAUGCUACUGGCGCUUACUCGGUUGGAUCUGUUAUUCUGGGCUGGGUCAGCAAUACCCUCUCUCAGACUCCUGAGAAGAAGUCGGUUGUGUAUGCUCUGGUCAAUGUUACAGCCAACUUGGCUUACAUCUACUGCGCCUACCUUUGGCCUUCAUCAGAUGGUCCCGAUUAUCUCAUGGGAUUCUCUACCAUGGUGGCCUUUGCUGCCACGAGCAUCAUGUGUGCCUGGGCUAUGAGGUUCUGGUUGAAGAGACUCAACCGCAAGAUUCUUGAGUCAGAGAACGAGGCAGUUGCUCUUUAUGCCUACUAG